GCAGCCACGUGCUAUGACAACGAAAACUUCACCAAUUCAGGGGUCAUUCCCCAAAUCGAACCCAUAAGAGUAGAGAGAGAGAGAUCGUGAGAUUUCCUCGCUUACCGAAACAGGCUACCGAACAUCGUUUGUAUUGAUCGGAUAAAGGGCUUGGAUUUAGAACAAGAAGAAGAUGGGAACCGAAGAAGAAGGCAAACAAAGAGAAGCGGUCGUGGAUCAUCACCACCAGCCUCCUCCUCCUCCGCCGCCGCAGUACGGCACGUUUCAAGGCGUCGCCAAUUACCCUCCUCCGCAGUAUCCUCCGCCUUCGCAGCCUCCGGUCACCGGUUUCCCUCAGCCGGCUCCGCCGGAGGGGGCCCACCACCAUCCCUCAAGCCAGCAGCCCGUUCAUGGAUACCCAACUGUCCCUGGUUAUGCAGUUUCUGAAGGAGGACCUCCAAGAGAACACCGGCUCCCGUGCUGUGGCAUAGGCUGUGGCUGGUUCUUGUUCAUAAUAGGUAUCUUCCUCGGGGCUAUCCCUUGGUACAUCGGGUCACUCGUUCUACUCUGCUCGAGGAUAGAUCCCCGAGAAAAACCCGGAUACAUAGCUUGCGCCAUCGCGUUUCACCAGUAUCAGGUAGUUGGCAGAGCCCUGCCGACAGAAACUGAUGAGCAUCCUAAGAUCUACCGGAUGAAACUAUGGGCCACAAAUGAAGUUCGUGCCAAGUCUAAGUUUUGGUAUUUCCUCAGAAAACUGAAGAAAGUUAAGAAAAGCAACGGACAGAUGCUUGCCAUCAAUGAGAUUUUUGAGAAGAACCCUACAAAAAUCAAGAACUAUGGCAUCUGGCUCCGCUACCAAAGCCGAACUGGGUAUCACAACAUGUACAAGGAGUACCGUGAUACCACACUGAAUGGGGCCGUGGAACAAAUGUACACCGAGAUGGCUUCUCGCCACAGAGUGAGGUUCCCGUGUAUACAGAUCAUCAAGACCGCGACAGUGCCUGCAAAACUCUGCAAGAGAGAGAGUACCAAACAAUUUCACAAUUCCAAGAUCAAGUUCCCUCUUGUUUUCAGGAAGGUUAGGCCGCCCACCAGGAAGCUCAAAACUACUUACAAGGCAUCAAAGCCCAACCUGUUCAUGUAACCAAGUUCUCUGUGAUCAGAUUAGGGUUCUUGUUCUUGCCCUAACAACAAAUUCUGGUUCUGUUGGAAGCUUUGAAGUUGGCAAUUUUGACACAUGUUAUUGAACAUGAUGUUUUGAUUUGAAGUGUCCUUUCGGCGAAUUUUCAUUCAUUCAAGUCAAAACAUGUGUUUGGACGUGGAGUGAUUCCUUUUGCAUCGCUUUCAGAAUUUGCUUGCUCGGGUAAUAAUAAUAAGCUUUAAUA